UUCUGAUACCGAUAAUAAUCUCUGAUCGUUCCUUCUACGAUCAUGAUCAAGCUUCUUUUUUUCCUGGAAAAAGUAGAAAGAAAAAGACGGUCUUUCAACAAUUUCUCAAGAAAAUACAACAAGAAAAGAAAAUAUCAAAAUUUUCACUUUAAAAAAAAGAGAAUUUUCUAGAAUUUGGCUCUGCAAUCGAGAACUUGUUUGCGUUGACACCUGUUGUACUUUUUGCUGGCUUCUGGCAUUGGAAAUCAAUCACACUUUUUUUUUUCAUUUUUUCAUUUCAAUUUAGAAAAGUUUCGAGUUUAUCCGAUUCACUAUCUCGGUUGCAGAUUGAGUGAUGAGAGAGACCGAGGGUUUGAAUUCGAGCUUUGAGAAAUUGAUGGUUUUCGGCGCUGCUGAGAGCAUGAGCAUAACAGAGUGGAAGGAUGUUCCGGUGGAGCUGCUGCUCAGGAUUUUGUCACUGGUGGAUGAUCAGACGGUGAUUGUGGCUUCUGGGGUUUGCCAUGGAUGGAGGGAUGCUAUUUCUUGGGGCCUCACUCGCCUUUCCCUCUCUUGGUGCAAGAGGAGCAUGAAUGAUCUGGUGCUAUCUGUGGCCCCUAAGUUUACGAAACUGCAGGCUCUCGGGUUGAGGCAGGACACGCCACAGCUCCAUGACGACGCUGUUGAGGCGAUUGCAGCCCACUGUCAUGAGCUUCAAGAGUUGGAUCUUAGCAAGAGCUUCAGGCUCACUGAUCGCUCGUUGUACGCGCUGGCUGUUGGUUGUCCCGAGCUCGUGAAGCUGAAUAUCAGCGGCUGUACAGGAUUCAGUUAUUCUGCUCUUGGAUAUCUGACCGGGUGUUGCAGGAAACUGAAGACCUUGAAUCUUUGUGGUUGUGUUAGGACCGCGACGGAUAGGGCGUUGAAGGCAAUUGGGUACAACUGCCAUCAAAUGCAGUCGUUGAAUCUUGGAUGGUGCGACCGGGUUGGUGAUGAAGGUAUUAAGAGUUUGGCUUAUGGCUGCCCUAAUCUUAGAGCUCUUGACUUGUGCGGAUGCGUUCUUAUUACAGACGAUAGCGUCGUUGCAUUGGCGAACAACUGCCUCCACCUGAGGUCGCUCGGGCUGUACUUCUGCCAGAACAUUACGGACAGGGCAAUGUACUCUCUAGCACAGAGCCGGGUAAAGAACAAGCACGAUGUUUGGGCAUCCGUGAAGAGCAGGUACGAGGAGGAAGGGCUUACGAACCUCAACAUCAGCCAGUGCACGGCCCUCACGCCCCCUGCGGUACAGGCACUGUGCGACUCUUUCCCUGAUUUGCACACGUGCCCCGGCCGACAUUCCCUCAUAAUCAGCGGCUGCCUCAACUUAACGUCCGUCCACUGCGCCUGUGCUUCCAUGCAGGCGCACCGGGCGCCACAUGCGAUGCCUCAUCUCGCACACUGAGUCGAGGGCUGGAUUGGUUUUAAAAAUACUGUGAUUUUGAUACGAGCACGCCAGGGAUGCAUGAUGAGGCGCCAUCCGCAUCGCAGGACGAGGCGCCACCUGCAGGGGAGGAAGUACCGGCUGUAGCCAAGAGGACCGAGAAGCGGAGACAGAAAGUGAACGAGAGAAACGCCGAGGCAAGAUCCUUGAGACCAAGGGAUCGAAUCAAACCACCGCAGAAGCUGGCCAACUACGUUGCCAAGUAGCGACGGAGUUAGAUAGGCGGACUCUGUUCCUUUUGGCUAUUUUGUUUCUUUGUUUAGUUUGUUUUAUUUUCCUACUUAGUUAGUUAUGGAUUAUGCGCUAUUUUUAUUGUAAUUGCGUCGGGCCUUCUAUAAGCCCCGUUCGGGUUUUCUUCGUUGGUUCUUUCCCGAACGUAUAGGUUACGUCGAACCAACCCUAGGGUCUUAGUAUAAAUAGGGCCAUUCCUUUGUUAUUUGGAUUAUCAAUAUACAUAUUUGAGAUUCUGGCCCAAA